AUGAAUUAUACCGAAGCUGAAAAUCUGGUCUACGAAGCUACCAAUGAAGAUCCAUGGGGUCCAACUGGUUCGCAAAUGAGGGAGAUCGCUAACUACACGUUUCAAUAUGAUGGCUUUCACCAAGUUACUAAUCUUCUCUGGAAGAGGAUGUUGGAAGACAAUAGAAAUGCUUGGAGAAGAGUGUAUAAGAGGCAUAGUUCACGUGAAAAUGGUUUCUGA